AUGAUCCACAAUCAUGGGCGGACUUCUGUACAUUUGAGUCAUCAGGCGUUCACGAAUUCGUCGGACCAUGUACCGAGGAACGCAGAAACGAUAGAAGCUGAAAUAAUUCUCAAUCGGACACCCACAGCAUCAGCUCAAGGGCUGCCCCAAGAACCUCCAUUUCAAGAGGUUCGAUCCAGUGCGCCAGGGAAGAUUUCGGCUGGAUGUCGGAUGAUCGAAAUAUUCGACCACUGCUCAACCGUUUGCACGGACCAUACUUCAGGACCAUGUCAGAUACGGCUAUCAGAGAAAUUAUGUAUAGACAUUAAAACGCACAGGUUACGAUCAGACCAGACUAAAAUGCAUCACGAAAAGAAACGGUGGAGACUCAACUGGGAAAAUGCUAGAAAAUAA